GGGGGUUUACCCCAGAGUUCACUUUAAAAUACUGAGAUUGGUUCUUUUGAAGAGGACUAUAUGUGAAAACACCCGAAAAAAGACGAUAUCCUAAUCUAGCCUGGUCCCUGAUCUGUUUGUUCUGUUUGGCAUGCCAACAAUGACCAUAGAAGUUGGCUUUACAGCACAAACCGAUUUCCAGCCUCUAGUUGGACCUCACAUAUUUCCCAUCGAUGAUACUAAUAUAUUUUUAACACCUUUCCUAUAAUUUUGGAUGAUUUAAAUAAAUAUGAGAAAGGACAUCCACGUAUAGUUUUUCUCUGGUGCAGCGUUUUUAUUUUGUAUUUUUUUGCCAUCCCCACCUGCAUUAGCUGGUAGCCAUUAGUUGUUAGCCGUUACCAGCUGGAGAAUGGGCCGGGCCCUGAAGGGGGUAACCAUAGCUCCCAGCCUCUUCACGUUUAGUGAUGCAGCAAUCUUAUUAGUGUCUCUGGCCCAAUGAGACUUUGAUCCCUUUCUCCCAUAACACAGACAGAGAAGGAGUCAGAGGCCUGGGGAAGUGAUGCUGCAGCCAGCCCCUCCCCUGUCUCUCUCAGACAUGGACACUGAAGCUGAGAGACUGCUAACCUUAACCCUUGUUGAUGGGGAGCUUCUGAGGACUCGGCCAGCUUCUAAAUGCACUUUAGCUCUGUCAGUCAGUGGAUCUAACAUUGAUUUGAUGUCAGUGUUCUUAGCCAUGUUGUAGACAGUGUGUGUGAGAGAGCAGUUAAACUCAUUUUGGGCUGAAUAUUCACAUUGUAUUAUUAUUACUACUCAAUCAAUUGCUUUGUUAUCAAUACUCUCUAGACCAGGGGUUCUUAAACCUUUUCAGCUCGAGAUCCAAAUGAGAAAUUAACAGUCCUCCAACGACCCAAAUUAAGAAGAAAUAGUGUGUGAUUUUAUAUAUGUAUUCUCAUAACUCACAUGCCCAGGGCCCACUUUGGGUCCUGACCCAUAGUUUAAGAAACCCUGCUCUAGACUUGUUUAGCGAGCCUCAACAAAGCAGUAGAGAUUGUCAUUAGGGAUUUGCAUUUUUGAGUAAUCUCUUGUGCCUUAAUCUCAGAUGUGGUUUUAAGAAUGCUGCUGUGUUGACCAAUCCUUCCCUGUGACUCCUGCCCUUUGUCCUAGUUGUUUCUGUCUGUUGUGUUGUGGGGAUAACUGACUGGCUGUGCAGUGUUCGUGCUUGUAGUGUAAACACCAGCAUACUAGCAUUAGAUCAUUGAUAGACUGGAGAAGACUUUGGUUCCAUCUGAAACUAUCUGACUCUGGUGGUUAGGUUACACAAUGGUUCCUUUUUUGCUGUAGAGUCUGGUCUAUGGUUUAGGCCCAGACUAGAGAUACCGAUGCCACUUCCUCCUAGAGUAUCUUCUCGUUCUAAUCCCUCCCCUCUCAACCCUGACCCUACUCUACUGACAUCCCUAACAGCUACUGUACGCAUAUACUACACUCACUGUCCUGCCUCUCCUAUUCCUACAACUCUAUCACCUGCCUAGGAUGUCUCUGGAGAUAAUGACCAUCCUCUGUCGCUGUGAGAAUAUCGAAACCUUGGAGGGUGUCCCCCUGGAUGUGACAGGGGUGGCUCAGGUGAAGGUGAUGGUAGACAAUGAGCUGCUAGGCUAUGCCUGUGAACAGUUCCUGGGGAAAUCUGUGAUCGAGAUAAAGAGUGUCAUUCUGCAGACCCUGGAGGGUCAUCUACGCUCUAUCCUCGGUACUCUGACUGUAGAGCAGAUCUACCAGGACAGAGACAGGUUUGCUGCCCUUGUGCGGGAGGUGGCAGCGCCUGAUGUGGGCCGCAUGGGCAUCGAGAUACUCAGCUUCACCAUCAAGGAUGUGUAUGAUAAAGUGGAGUACCUGAGUUCCCUGGGGAAGAGUCAGACGGCCGCAGUACAGAGAGAUGCCGAUAUUGGAGUGGCCGAGGCAGAGAGAGACGCGGGAAUCAGGGAAGCAGAUUGUAAGAAAGAGAUGAUGGACGUCAAGUUCCAAGCAGACACCAAGAUGGCCGAUUCGAAACGAGGGCUGGAGAUGCAGAAGGCUGCUUUCAAUCAAGAAGUCAACACGAAGAAAGCAGAAGCCCAGCUGGCCUACGAGCUGCAGGCUGCCAAGGAGCAGCAGAAGAUCCGUUUGGAGGAGAUAGAGAUUGAGGUGGUUCAGAGGAAGAAGCAGAUCACCAUCGAGGAGAAGGAGAUUGACCGCACAGAAAAGGAGCUCAUCGCCACGGUCAAGAGGCCGGCCGAGGCUGAGGCCUACAAGAUGCAGCAGCUGGCCGAGGGACAGAAGAUGAAGAAGGUGCUGACGGCCCAGGCAGAGGCAGAGAAGAUCCGUCGUAUCGGUGAGGCAGAGGCCGGUUCCAUAGAGGCUAUAGGGAAGGCUGAGGCUGAGAAGAUGAGGCUGAAGGCUGAGGCCUACCAGCAUUAUGGCGAUGCUGCAAAGACUGCUCUGGUCUUAGAGGCCCUGCCUAAGAUUGCUGCCAAGGUGGCGGCACCCCUGGCCCGGACCAAUGAGAUCGUCAUCCUGAGCGGGGACGGUGGCCGUGUGACCGGCGAGGUGAACCGCCUAUUGGCUGAGCUCCCUGUGUCUGUCAACGCACUCACAGGGGUGGACCUGAUGAAGAUCCCUUUGCUUCAGAAGAUGAUCAACCCUCAAGCAUAAAAACAAUCCUGUGCACCUUGACUCAGUACAUUUCUUUAUGCACUCUUUAAAUCAACUGCCUUCACCUAGAAACAUUUGAAAACAAGUAUAGUUUUUUUUUUACUACAAGUCUAGAUGUUUUCAUUUUCCUAAAUCCCUGGUGCCUUAGCUCUAUAGGGCCAGAUCAUCUAUAUGUACCACUGCUUUUUUGUUAUACAUGUUAGUUUUUUUUGGUAGUUACCCCAUUCUGUUGUACUAACGCUUGUCUACAUUGUAGAAAAGGGACAUUCAUCAUGGUUGUUCGGUGCAGGCCUUAUUCUGGUCUGAAAGGUCUCGCCAGGUCUUCAUUGUUAUUCUUUUGUUCAUUGUGUUACAUAAUGCAUUGGAUGUGCCUGUGGUUUUGUAUAGUUACUGAAAGUAUUUCAGAUAUUUUGUCUCAAAUGUUACUUUUUUUUCAUUCUAAUGUGCAGUCAGUGCCUGGUUACCAACCAAGUGGCUAAACCUCAGGAAAAGUAAUGGUUUGGCAAUUCUAUAGUCUAGUGAUACUACAGUAAACCCCCAUUUACCAUCUCAAUGAGAGAUGUAGAAAUAUUGUCCUCCCCAUCCUCAUGCCAUCUGCCUUGAAAGCAGAAACAUUGGCAUUCCAUCUUAUUCUUCAGUAGAAUCUUUUAUUUCGUUCUUCAUCUUAGGUAUGGGAGGUGUGCAUUCUUAGGUAGACAACACACAUAAAACAUAGACAUUAACACAUGUGCAUGGAUCUACAAGUCUGUAUGAAGCCAUAUACUGUCAAAGUUAGCCUUAAUAUAGAGACCCAGGAGUCCUGCUAGCUUUCCUGAUCAUCUGGAUUACCUCAAUCAAUCUAAGCUUUAAUACUUGUUAUUUCCAACUAUUGAGAUAUCAUAUGGCAUGAUAUGUAUUUCAGUCUCUUAGGGUAGCCAAUGUUGUGUUAUAUCAUCUUUUGGUUACAUUCUGUUAAAUUCUUUAUAAACUAUUAUGUAACUUAUCUCUACAGUUUACCAGACUCUUUACUUUCACGGUUUUACAGGGUGCUGCCUAUUAUCUUUUUCUAGGAAUGCAAUGCUGCCACGACCUGUUGACCAUCCAAUCAUGUAUCAGUUUUCUCCACAUUCCUUACCCAAUGUGCUUCAAACACAAGAAUACAUUUCAGUUUGUUUUGCCACACAUUUGAGUUGGACUGUCUUGUUGUGGAGUUCAUUUUAUGUUGGCUUCAUUUUAUGAACAUUUGUUUUAGGGGAAAUCUAACCACUUUCUGAAUCCGUGACCUCAGCAUCAUUUUUUCUAAAAUGUCAUUUUUUUUACAGUAACGUCAACCUGCUGCCAACUGUGGUAUAUCUCUGGUCUGGGGGAGAAAUGUCAUUAUCUAAUCCCUACUGAUCACUAAAAGAAUACUGUAUUUAUUUUAUAAUAAUCUCCGCUUGUAAGAUUUACAUAGUAGUAGACUAGAUCGUAAAAUUGGAGUGAUAAACAGUGUGAUACAGUACUGUAAAUGUAGAUGGGAACCUGUGUUCUGUUUCAUGAAAUGGCUGGUUUGAAUUGUAUAAAGUCAGAACACAUCAACAUUUCCAUCUGGACAUACUGAUGGCUUUCCCUGGUCAAAUUGUGUUUCUGUUCAGCUGAAAAACUCCCAUUGUAUGUUCUUUUUUGGCACCUAAUUUUUGUGUCAACGCUCUUUCAAAAAUGUCUCAUGUAUUACUAUGAAUGGAUGGUGUAAUUUCAGCAGGGUAGAAGCAACUUUCAGAUCAGAAAAUAUACCUUUCGGAUCUAGAAUGUAGGUGGAAGACCAAACAUUGUAUACCUUUAACUUGUAUCUUUAUCUAUAGAGUAUCUGUAAUGAAACAUGUUUAAAUGUCAUCUAUUCAGACUCAAAUGUUUGUGUGAAUUCGUCCAUUUUCUAGUCUGUUAAAUAAUACUGGAAAACUGGUCUAACAUGGAUAUUUCAGCACGUGAACAUCACACUCAUAUCCUCGACUCUGUGGCAAAGUUAUGUGCUGCCCUAUAAUAAAUGUUCUGCCUCCUCA